CGCCUGAGUUGCCACGAGUUCAGUACAAGAGAACUCAGCCACUGUUCCUUCAAUUGGACGGCACUCCUUGUCAAAGCUGUAGUAUCACCAACAGUUAGCAUUUUUAAGAUAAGUAUAUUAGGACCAUUUGCUGCUAUUAGUUAGUGACAAUUUUGCAUACAUAUUCUGUAAACAACGUUGCAGGCAGUCACAGCUGAAGAAGUCAAAGUGCAACAACAAUACCUUGCGACUCCUGUUUGAAUAACCAAAGAGCCAUGGGGGAAAACGAAGAAGCACCUCAAGCCCCUCCACCACUUGAAUGGGACAGUGUUCCUUCAAGUAAGAAGGAGAUUAGAGAUAAGAUAUGGGAUUAUAUAAACAAGUAUGAGCUUGCCAAUUUCCCAACUCCAGUCACCGACCGAAUCCCAAAUUUCAAAGGGGCAGACGUAGCUUCGGAGAAAAUUCACGAAUUGAAAUCUUUUGAAUCUGCUAAAGUUGUUCGCGUGAAUCAAGAUAAGCCACAAGAGGGAGUUCGUUAUCAUACCAUGAAAAGCCAAAAAGAUUUGCUUGUUCAAACUCCUCGCCAGAAGAACGGGCUUUUCUAUAAAAUUGUCCCCCCUUCAGAUAGUGAAGAAGACUUGAAGAAAUGUGCUACUCAGCAAGGUGUGAGGUAUCACCGCGAAGCCAUUACUCUAGAAAAUCAAGUCAAAAUCGAUGUUGUUAUCUGUGGAAGUGUAGCUGUCUCUAAAAAGGGCUACAGAGUGGGAAAGGGGGAAGGCUAUGCUGAUCUGGAGUAUGCAAUGAUGAAAGCAUUUGGUGCUAUUGAUGAUACAACACCAAUAAUUACUGUUGUCCAUGAUUGCCAGAUCCUUGAUAUCCCUGAUGAGUUAAUGGAAGAUCAUGAUUUUGAUGUAGAUUACAUUUUGACUCCGACUCAGUUAAUUGAAUGUCAGAAGGAGAGGUCUAAGCCAAAAGGGUUAAUCUGGUCAAAGGUAACACGCAAUAAGUUGAGAAGGCUUCCAGUUUUGAGGAGACUGUACAAGAUGGAGAAAGAAGCUGGUCAAGAUGUCACACUGAAGUUUGUGCCCAGGACACAGAGGCCACCAAAAGACAAGAGUGAGAGUGACAAAGCCGAUGUGGAAGAGGAAGGAGAAAGGCCACCAGCAAGAAGAGGCAGAGGUGGUCGUAGAGGAAGAGGGAGAGGGUUUGGUGGGAGGCGUGGCAGAAAUUUCAGCAGAUCAAGACGCAGACAGCAAUCAGAACAGUCUGGUGAUGAGGGAAAGGAAAACCAUGACCCAAAUUCAGAGCCACACGAAAAUGAAGAAGAUGAAGAGUCUAGACCAAGGUACAGUGACGAUGGGAGAGGCCGUGGAAGAGGUAGGUCACGAGGUCGCGGAAGCCGUUUUGGGGGCAGGCAGAGGUAUGGCAACUAUCGAUCCUACCAAGGCAAGAGAGACCUAGACCCAGCUGUUUAUAUUGGUGGAAUUGGUGAAGAAGUUAGAGUUAGUGCUUUCAAGACAGUUGUUAGGGAAAGAGGUGUCAGUCCAAUACAAGUGCUCUGGAGAGGCAAAAAGGGGUAUGCUUUCCUGGUUUUCAAGGAUUUGGAGACUGCAGAGACAGCACUCAAGGAUUUGGAUGGAAUAAAAUACGAAGAUUGUAACCUCACAGUAAAGCUUUCCAACAAAUUCAUAAGUGAAGAGCCGGAGCAAGCAUAACAUUUUAGUUUUGUUCCCAAGCAGCAAAUGAUCUCUUUGUUGUAAUUGUUGUUGAUGUAACCAUUGAAAGUGCAGCAAUCAUUGUUUGGCUGCAUGUUCUAUGAUUCAUUAUGUGAACACUGUUUUUCAGAAAUCUUUUAUAAUGAUAUGGUUUUAUGGAGAUUGACAAUUCCGUUGGGUUUUGCUAGCAGUCAUCCUUCUGAUGAUCCUUAGUUCUUGUUUGUGGGAUGAUUUGGUUAACUUGUCCAUUUUUACAUGACCAAGGUCCGCUUGUGUUAUCAAUUAUUUCCUACUUUCAUUUGUCCGCACAACAAUGGUCACAUUAAAAAAGUCAAUUUGAAACCCAAUAUUCUAUCAUCUGCAUACCCCCUUCAUCUAAGCCACAGCUAUAAAUUGUACAUAUUCAGGAUUUUUUCUCUAUCCCCCUACUUCAUUCAUCUAAUAUAGGCCAGCAAAUUUUAUAAAGUUCAAAGUGCUAUUAAUUUUCCUUUCUCUCGCAGGUUUUAAGCCUUCCCCUGCCUAUGUCCUCUCUCCCCCCUCUCCUCCAAAAAAUUUCCUGUUAAAAAGUAUGGUUUUAGCCUAAUUUUGCUUAAUUAUACACUGAUUUUAAAACCUGGAUUCUUAAUGUAUAGAUUUUGUCUCGAAAAGUUAUAUUUUCGAUAUUCGUUGAAAUCAACUUAUGACAUGAAUGCUGUACACGAUCAUUUAGAUCAUUUUUAAUGUUGUUAGAUUUUCCUCGCUGUUGGCUCCUCUUAUAUCCAUUGCGUCCUAUUACCUGAUUGUUGCUAGUUACUAUGUAGUUCUAACCGACCAAGUGCCAUUCACCUAAUUAAUGUUCUGCUAGAACACAUACGUGUUAACUAGCAUGGACUUUUGCAUUCUAUUUUUGUAUAACCAUUAAUAGCUUGGGUUUCUACAAUAAAUAAAUUUAUAUUUGAUGCCAAAUGGUUUUGUCAA